CGCCUCCCGCACGGAAGUCGUGGCCAUGGCGGCUUCGCGCUCCGCGGCGUUGGACGCGGACCUCCUGAGGCAGCUCCCCAGAGACGAACUCGUUCACCUGCUAGAGCUGCUUCCUGGAAGAAAAGAUUUGUUCAUCGAACAGGAUUUGAUGAGCCCUCUCGACAGGAUUACCGGGUUGUCUGUCCUCAAGAAACAUGAAGUGGACAAAAUCUACAAGAUGGAUGGGAAGCACGUAUCGGGCGGGUGUGAUCAGCGGUGCUUCUUGAUAAGACCUCGAGAAAUUACUGUGAAGAGUGUUGCUGAUUCAAUAAAUGCAGACAAAGCUGCUGGUGUCACGAGGAAGUACAAGAUCAUUUUUACUCCGCGAAAGCUGUAUUCCUGUGAGACUGUACUGGAGAUGGAGGGUGUUUUUGGAGAUGUUUCCUGCGAACAGUGGGAAUUCGACCUCUUGCCACUGGAUAAUGACGUCAUCACCCUGGAGUUACCGGACUUCUUUCAGGACUUCUUCAUGGAUGGCAACCAGAGCAUGCUCUUUACCGUGGCAAAAUCUAUCCAAAAGCUACAGUCGCUCUUCGGUCCGGUGCGCAACGUGUAUGGGAUUGGCAGAGGUGCAAAGAUGGUCUAUGAGUUGAUGGAGCUUCUGUCAAACGAAGCGAAUGUCAGAAGAUCGAGCACCACAAACAGUGAAAUGGGCGACCUCUUCCUCAUUGACAGAGAUGUGGACUUAAUAACUCCGUUGUGCUCUCAAGUGACAUUUGAGGGACUGCUGGAUGACAUAUUUGGAAUAAAAUGUGGCAGUGUUGAGUUUGGUCCAGAAGUCACUGGAACAGAAAAGAAAUUGAAAAUUCUCCUGAAUUCUCAAGACAAGGUUUUCAGGGAAAUUCGCAAUCAACACUUUUCUAAUGUGUUCGGAUUGCUCAGCUCCAAAGCGAAAGUCCUUCAAACCAACUACGAUAAACGGCACGACAUGAAUAUCCAGAACAUGAAGGAGUUUGUGGCCAACGAACUGAGGGCCUUGAAACAGGAACAUCGCUCUCUGAGUCUGUAUAUCGGCAGCUGUGAAGCCAUUAUGAAAAGAAAGACAAAAUCAGACUUCAAGGAACUGCUCAAGACUGAACAUUCUCUUUUGGAAGGAAUAGCUAUCAGGGAGUGUGUCUCCUCUAUCGAAGAGGCCAUUAACAGACAGUCUCCCAUUCUGGAUGUCCUGCGGCUGCUGUGCCUCCUCUCCGUCACCGAAGGAGGACUCGUCGCCAAUGAUAUGCGCUCCCUGAAAACGCAGUUCUUGCACAGCUACGGGACGGAGCAGCUGUUGACGCUGAACAACCUGAGGAAAGCGGGAUUGCUCACAGAGCAGCAGACGCCCGAGACGGUCACAACCAUGGAGAGCAAAGUGGGAAAACUUGUGUCGGAUAAGGCCAUGGGAAAAGCUGUUGGAAAGCUUACUGAUGCCUUCACUGCACUGCAGAGGAAAAGCCACUUCAGAGCAUUGAGCAAGAAGCUGAACCUUAUUCCUGCUCCAGGAAAGGAUUACGACCUGCACAACCCGCGGGACAUGGCGUACGUGUUCAGCGGCGCGUACAUGCCACUCAGCUGCCGCAUCGUUGAGCAGGUUUUGGACAGGGAAGGCUGGAACGGCUUGGAGGAAAUUGCACGCCUCUUGAAUGGCAAUGAAUUCUCAAGUCCAAAGCUCGAGGCCCCAGGAUUGAGUCGGGCGAAGCUCGUACUGGUUUUCUUUCUGGGAGGCUGCACCUACUCGGAAAUUGCUGCCCUCCGUUUCCUUGGAAGGGCCAAAGGAUACAACUUCGUUGUUUUAACGACAUCAAUAAUCAACAGCACGCGGCUAUUGGAGUCCCUGGUGGAGGCGCUGUAGAUGGCCAGGCCGCAGCGAGUCCUGAGCUCAGCUCCCAUGUGCCCUGCUGUACCUGCCAGUAUCACGCUGGCGCUCUUCACGGACUUGCUUGCGUUUGUUGUUUUCUAUUCGUUGACACUUUUCACACUUUCCUUGUGGUGCAAUUCAUUUUCCCGUUCUCACUUUAUUCCAUUACUGGAGGCACCCUUGGAUGGAUUUCAGCAUCACAAGAUUAUUAAUGGGUUUGGGGGCUAUUUUAUGAUCGUUCCUUUUUGAUAGUUUCCCGAUCUCCAUUAUCGAGUGAUACAAUGGCUACGGAUAACUUAUUGUGAUUAUAAUCGAUGUUGUAAACGCGUUCAUCUCUUCCACCCUCUAAUCUGGCUGUGGUGGGAAGAUAGACCAAAUACUUCUCUGGGGAGAUUCCACCACUACUCCUACGACUUAAUGGUGAAGAUGUAAAGUGUUUUGAGUGAUGCAUGGAAAUAAAAAAAAUGUUUACGUCGUCAAACGUUUGUUUAAACUAUACAGUCCAAUCAGAAGGUGGCUUGUUUUGUACAGGACGUGCUUGUUACUAUUAUUUUGUGAACACAUAAAAUCUAGGAUGCAUCACUCUCAUCGGAAUUUGGUGCAAUUCUGAAGGUUUCAUUGCACCGGUUUAAUGUCCGGAGCUACACUAUUCCCAACCAGACGAAUAUUCCGACGUCACAAUGAGAACACGGCGGAGAAGAAUAACGCAAGAGAGCUAGUUUGUCAAGGAUCAUCGCUCUCGCGUAUCACAAAUCAAACGCCGCGUCGUGUGACGGUCACUGUCACAACGGUGUGCUCUGAUUUUUAUAAACACCGAGACAAACGUGUUUGCAGUGCUGUUUGCAUUCCUUAUCACGCUAUGCCACAAUGUAUUACGUAUAUUAUGCAUAUGAACUUAAUGGCGGUACAACGGCGAUGGUGUGCGGUAUAAAAAAAAAGCGAACUUUUCGCAAUAAUGAUUCAUUUUCCCGCGAUUGGCAACCCCGAUCAGAAAAUCUUGCGGGGUGGUGGUGCGUCAAAAUCAGUUCUCGCGAUGUCAAAGCUGUCGGAAGAUGUCAAAGCUGUCGAAUGUUUAUAUGAGCGGCUGAACACGAAGAGGCUUCGCGGUCUGUUGCUGUAUAGCAGCACCCAGCCUGGUGACGAUUGGCCGCUCCGUGUUCCGAAGGCAGAUUUGACUCCUCGUGCCCGAGACUUGGUCGGACCGUUCCUGGAUUCAGGCGCUCGCCCUCCUGGUCGGCCCAAGAAAAUCACGUGCCCCCAGAUCCAAUUCAGCGGUCAAUAUUGAACUUUUUUUUUAGCAAGUCUCAGUAAACGAAAAAAACCUUUGAAUCACGUCAAACUUGGUGACAGGGUCAAUUAAAGACAUAAACAUAUUUAGUGAUUCAAAUUUAGAUUUUAGACUGUUUUGAGGUCUGCUGUGUUAUGCUGCACUGGUGUACCGCCAAUACGUCCAUAUACAAUGUAAUAUCGCCAAAUAAAUUGUCAUUAGACGGUGAUUCACAAUUGAUUUUUGUAUCCGGUCGCGCAAGUCAAAUGUGCGUCAUACACCCUCCUGCACCCGACACAGCCAUUUAAUAAAGUCUCGUGAAUAAACAUGCCAAAUGAAUACCG